AAUGUUGCACGUGCCAUAUUUCUGACUAUAAAUACGGCCAAUUUCUGGCCCUUGAAGUCAGUGUUUCCUCAGGAAGCUAACAAGAGCCACGAUGAAGUUCCUCAUUGUUCUCUUCGCCCUCUUCGCCUCUGCCUUCGCCACCACCGUCCAAGAUUGCCAAGGUGGUCAAACUCCGAUCGGGAGACUGAUUCGGGUGGACAUUGAAGGUUGUCAAACGCCGCCUUGCAUCUUGCCACAAGGGUCGAUAGUAAAUUUCGAGAUCGAGUUCGAGACAGGUGAGGCAGGAGAGGAUCUGGAACCGGAAAUAGUGGCCAUUCUGGCCGGUAUCGAGAUCCCUUAUGAUGGCGUGCCCAAGGAGGCUUGCGAAGACCUCAUUCAAGGAGACUGUCCUUAUGCCAAGAAUGAAGUCUUGAUCUACUCUCAGGAAUUCGAGAUUCUCCCGAUCUUCCCUCCCGUUGAAGUCACGGUGAGGUGGGCCCUCAAGGAUGAGAUGAACAGGUGGCACAUGUGCUUCGAAGUGGAUAUAGAAGUCACUCUUCCCUGAUGUUGCAACACAGAAUGCCCAUAAAAUUCCUCGUCUUCUAAAGUCUCUGAAAGCGUUCUUCCUCCCAAACCUAUCACUCUUUGCAUCAAUAGUUGUGAAUUCUUCGAUGAAUGGAAAUAAAAUUCUUGAAAGAAAUCUUCACA